CAGCAUGUCGACUGUUUCUAUUACACACCUCAACGACUAGUCUCCUGUUUCGAUGAUCUUCAUUAUUUCGUCCACAAUAAAACGGAAAUAAGCGGAAGUGCUGGUGAUUCCAAGUUACAUUUCGUGUUCCUGGGAGAUUCAAGAAUCCGACAUCAAUUCUACAAUUUCGUUAGGCUGAUUCCUGAUUUUGGGAGUCAAGUGUGGCCUAUUGAAAUCCCACCGGCUUUUCACGGCGACAUUGAAAUUACCAGCGACAUCCUGAGACUUGGACUUUCGUUUCAAUGGCGACCGCUCAUCAACGAAACCGUCAUAGAGACGAUACGGAAAUGGGCAACUCACGAAAAUGAACGGCCUUAUUUCGUUUUCCUAGGCAUGGCAGUCCACCACAUGAUGAAAGAAAACGGCGGCAAUUUCAAAUCCUACCAAGAGAACCUUAUGAAACUCGCUCCGAUCCUUGGCCAAUUGGCAAAUGUGACCCGGGUAGUCUGGCUGAACCAGUACCCAUCAGUCGAUUCCAAUUCAUGGAUCAAUGAAUUAAACACCAUCAUCUUUUCCGAGAAGAUACACAGCUACAACAAAGCCAUUCGCCAAAUCCUAGAGAAUGAAAACAUUCCUAUAUGGGAUUCCAGUAAUCCACUGGGUGAGGAGUACGUUCGUGCUUGCGCCACACUCAAACGCGACGAGAUAUUCGACUCCAAUGGCCGCCCUUGCCUGUUCAAAGAUGUGACAUACUACGACUGCAACGACUACAUACACACGGGUUACUCGGCCCUUUCGCAGGCCACUCAACUUCUUUUCAACGACAUUUGCAACACUCAUGUGUAAAUCAAGUCCAGUCCAGUCAAACACAAUGAACACAAGCCUAUAGGUAAAGAAUUCAUGUAUAUAGGCUAUUAA